AUGGCAUCUCCCGCCGUCUGUACCGCACAAAAACCACACGUAGUUUGCGUUCCUCACCCUGCUCAAGGCCACAUCAACCCUAUGCUGAAAGUGGCUAAACUCCUCCACGCCAGAGGCUUCCACGUCACCUUUGUCAACACCGUCUACAACCACAACCGUCUCCUCCGAUCCCGUGGCCCCAACGCUCUAGACGGACUUCCUUCUUUCUGGUUCGAAUCCAUCCCUGACGGCUUACCGGAGACCACCGAUGGGGAUAAGACGCAAGAUAUCCCUUCCCUUUGCGUCUCCACCACGAAAUACUGUCUUGCUCCGUUCAAGGAGCUUCUCCGACGGCUUAACACGGGAGAUGAUGUCCCUCCGGUGAGCUGUAUUGUUUCUGACGGUGUGAUGAGCUUUACUCUGGACGCAGCGGAGGAGCUCGGUGUCCCGGACGUUGUGUUCUGGACUACCAGUGCUAGUGGUUUCAUGACUUUUCUACAAUUUAAUCGCUUUAUCGAAAAAGGUUUAUCUCCUUUUAAAGAUGAAAGUUACAUGUCUGAGGAGCAUUUAGACAUGGUUAUAGAUUGGAUACCGUCGAUGAAGAAUCUUAGGUUAAAAGACAUCCCUAGCUUCAUACGUACCACUAAUCCUGACGACGUAAUGCUUAAUUUCGUCAUUAGAGAAGUCGAGCAGUUAAAACGUGCCACUGCGAUCAUUCUCAAUACGUUUGAUGACCUCGAGCAUGACGUUAUCGAGUCCAUGCAAUCUAUGGAGUUACCUCCGGUUUAUUCGAUUGGACCGGUUCAUCUUCUAGCGAACCGGGAAACCGACGAGGUUAGUGAGAUUGGAUUAAAUUUGUGGAGAGAGGAGACCGAGUGUUUGGAUUGGCUCGACGGUAAGGCUCGAAACAGCAUCGUUUUUGUUAACUUUGGAUGCAUAACGGUGAUGAGUGCGAAGCAGCUUGUUGAGUUUGCUUGGGGUUUGGCGGCGAGUGGGAAAGAGUUUCUGUGGGUGAUCCGGCCGGAUUUGGUUGCUGGAGAGGAGGCGGUGGUUCCGCCGGAGUUUUUAGCGGAGACGGCGGACCGGAGAAUGAUGGCGAGUUGGUGUCCUCAAGAGAAAGUUCUUUCUCAUCCGGCGAUCGGAGGAUUCUUGACGCAUUGCGGAUGGAAUUCGACGCUGGAGAGUCUGUGCGGCGGUGUUCCGAUGAUAUGUUGGCCGUUUUUUGCGGAGCAGCCGACGAAUUGUAAGUUUUGCUGUGAUGAGUGGGGAGUAGGGAUGGAGAUCGGAGGGGAUGUGAUGAGAGAUGAGGUUGAAGCGGUGGUUAGAGAGCUGAUGGAUGGAGAGAAGGGGAAGAAAUUGAGAGAGAAGGCGGAGGAGUGGCGGCGAUUGGCGGAGGAAGCGACGGAGGUUAAACGUGGUUCUUCGGUUGUGAAUUUUGAGAAGCUUGUUAAUAUCCUUUUGGGUCAGAACCAACGCAGUGAACAAAUGUAA